AUGGUACUAGUAAGGGAUCAUGAGAUCGUCAACGAGUUCCGGACGUGUCUCGAGUGGCUGAAGGAUAGGCAUGAUACCUGGGCUAUUGGUGAAUUGACAGCAAUGGCAAUAAAGCUUGUCAACGAGUAUUCUGCUGAGAUGGUCGUAGGUCUCCAACAACAUAUCGCUCAGGUCCCCCAGGAAUUGAAACUUGCAGGACUGUACCUGCUCGAUUCAAUUAUCGGAAACGCAAGUCACAUAUACGUCGAUCUGUUUGCCGAACAAUUGGUAAAUACCUUCAGCUCUGUAUUCGUAUUUGCUGAUAGCGAAAUGAGAGCUUUGAUGUUUACCCUUCGGAAGCGUUGGCGAAAAUAUUUCUCGGCGGCUGUUUUGCAUGAUUUGGAUUGUGCCAUUAAAAGCGUCGAUAACAAUUGGCCGAUCUUCGCACACUCGUCGCCAUCUUCAAACAAUUCUGGCUCUUCAAGUACUUCACCGACCAAUACACCCGCUUACAGAAGAUCCCCGUAA